AUGCCGGUACCGGCAAGUGUAACCCUCCCGGAGGACUACCAGGUCCCCGCAGACUACCAGGUGUCCAACGGCCACAAUGGCGCCGACGGCACCUUCAUUCAACCAUGUACGACUCUGCUCACAACAAUCCCGGACUUCAAUACUUCUCUAGAUGAACGCUAUCUGGUUACAUCGCCUUAUACCACCCAAGACCACCUUCUGGACCUUGACACGCUCAAUUGUUCCCAACGACUUCUGGCGGUCGCCCUUGCAUCCCUUCAAUGCACUCGGCCUGAUUAUGCGACAGCUCCUUACAACGUUUCCUUUAAUUGGGAUACAGUCAUCAGCACCCUCAAGCAUUCUACAGCUCACCAAGGACACCACUGGCAACGUGAGCACUUUUACAUUGUAGUUUUCCGCUCACAGGUACCACCCAGCACAUCCCGAACCGAAUUGGGUAGACUGGAUGAACGCAGUCAUACAGAAGCUAAUCAAAGUGGCGGUUUACUGAAGUAUUGGUUUGGUGUACCCGAUGGGAAGGGCAGGAACUUAGCAACGUGCAUCUGGCGCUUUCAGUCAGACGCGAGACCUGGCAGCGUGGGAGCCGGACACAAAGCUGCUGCGAGAGCGACUCGGGACUUGUAUACGGAAUGGCAUAUCGAGCGGCUCAGAUUGGUCGUUGAAGCGGGCGUGAAUGGAUGGAGUAUUGAGGAAUGGACUGACUGA